UUUUUUCCUCUCGUUCUAAAGAAGUUCACGUUCUCCACACUCAUUCGUAGUGAUGAUGCACCAAUUGAUGUCACGGUCAGUCACAAUGUGAUAUCAACUGUAUUGCCGCGACAAUUCACCAAGAAGCAUUUAUUCCGCGUUGAUAGAUUAGUGAAGCCGAAAAAUCAGGCACUCGAUUUUGAUAAGAACUCGUCGAUUUUGCGACAGGGAGUAGAGCAAGAGCAUUCAGAACAAAGAACGACAAUGGCCCUGACUGACAGUUUUCCAUCGUCUGAGCAGUUUGCCCUCAGGUGGAACAAUUUUUCAAAUAAUUUAUCUUCUGGGUUUUUGACACAUCUCAACAAUCAGGACCUGGUGGAUGUGACGAUCGCUGUUGAAGGCCAACUUCUACAGGCACACAAGCUCGUUCUGUCGGUUUGUAGCAGUUACUUCCAGGAUAUUUUCAAGGCCAACCCCUGCCAGCAUCCAGUAGUAAUCCUCAAAGACAUGGGCUACACCGAAGUCGAUGCACUCCUCAAGUUCAUGUAUCAAGGUGAAGUCAAUGUGAAGCAAGAGGAGCUCGCGAGUUUCUUGAGAGUCGCUGAAACGCUCCAAGUCAAAGGUCUCACGCUUGAUAAACAAAAUUUGAAGCACGUGCCCAAAGAUAAUGGAAGUGUCUCGAAUGGAGUUCCGAAAUUCGAGAGUGACUCUGAUAACAGCGGGAUAUCGGGAGACCACGCCAAGUCGAGUAAACAAGACCGAGUCACGAAGAAAAGACUGCAGACGAGUAGCGCCAUGAAUCCAUCGAAGAGAACACGCAGCUCUGGAUUGAAUGUUCAGAAUUCUGGGGAUCAGGCGAGUGUUAGGAGUCUCUCUCCGAAGAAUGAUGGGCCUGGUGACGAUGACACGAAUGAGACUGAUCCCGCGCACGAAAUUUCGAUGAAUUCCUCGGAGAAUGAUCUUCAGAAGAAUGUGGAUGAUUCCAUCGACUUAACGAAGGAAGAUGAUUUUGGAGACCAGGAUGAGCUCAUCCACACCAACGCUAGUGGGAAGGACGCAGAAGAAGGAAACGUGGAGCCAGUAACUUAUAGACUAUCAGCCCGAGGUCGCCCCCAACUAGUCCACGAGGGCUACGUCUACAACUUAACAUCUCGUUCAGAAGUGUUAAACCGCUCGCAUUACCGCUGUGCUGAGCAACAUCGUGGCUGUCGUGGUAAAUGCGCCGUGAUAGCCGAGAGAUUCAUGCCAACAGGUGUUCACGAGCACAAUCACGCUCCGGGGUAUCAGUCCGAGCAGGACUAUCGAAAGAAGAAGGCCUCGGAGACAGAUUGAACAAUUAAAACAUGAGUAUUAACAUGAGUCAAGGGGACAAUAUGAUCACAAGAAUCAUUCCAGUCUUAUCAAGAUUUUCAUACUAUUUUUGUACCUCCAAGGAUCCAAAACACAUGUGAUUGAGUACUCUAGGUAUUUGAGUUUCAUUCCAGGUAGUUGCUGCAGCCAAACUAGUUCAUUAAAUGAUCAGCGUUCGUUUAGAUCUCUAUUUCUUUUUUAAAAUAAAGAUAAGAGUUUGAAUGUAUGAGACACAUGUAAAAAUACUGUUAUAACUUUCUGAAAUAAAAGGACUAUUUAUUUUUUAA